AUGUCAGACACGCCCAGAUUGAAGAGGACCGACUGGGGGACCGGAAUGAAUGGCUUGGUGCCUGACAGCGCUGGACGCGGUCGAUCAGAGCAACCCCAGCUGGCAGGCCUGGCCGAUGUCCCUGUCAGCUCUUCAUUUAACGCUCAGAUGCCCGUUAUGCAGCCACAGCUCGGCUUCGUACAGGCUCAACCCGAGCACAUGUCGUCUUUCUUGUUCCCGGAAAGUCAAUUCUCGGACCGGAGAGCCUCGCCCGUGAGCGAUGCUAUGGGUUCUCUUUACGCAUGGUCCAGCACAUCUGAUAGCGACAUGCUGAGACCAGCUGCGUCAUCAAUGGUUCCCGCUGCCUCGACGUCACCCUUAUUGCAGCCGUAUUACAGCUUUGAUACUCCUCAACAUAUGGUCAGCCCACCGAAUCAAGGUCUCUCUAGAUACACCUCGCAGGAAAUCAACAAAUGGUGCAUGGAAAGUGACCCAUCCUUGGGGUUCUAUCAGCCGAUUCGCAAUCCCUUCGCCGGAAGCUCCGUCGAACGUAUUCCCCCUCUGAAUGAGCAUAUGAACAUUUCUGAGGAAUGGUUUACUGCUCCUGCCUUUGCCGGCCCUUCCACCAUUCCGUGCCCACCCCCAGAUGCAUUCCUCUCUCCGUCGUCUGCACCGGCAGUCUCCGUCGCCUCUUCUUCCGCGAUGAGUACCUCACCAGCCCCCACUCUGUCUGAUUUCGAGUCACCAUCCUCUCGCCACCGACCGGCUUCGCCCGCCUCUAAUCCCGCCGAUCUCACGAGAUACGGAAUGCCGGCUGGAGAGGGUGUCUGGCGAUGUGCCUAUCCGGCUUGCACCUCGCAGGCCCUUUUCCGUCGUGGCUGCGACCUACGCAAGCACUUCAACCGACAUCGGAAGCACCUGUUCUGCCGACAUGAAGGUUGUCCGCAGUCGAAACAAGGCGGAUUCUCCAGCAAGAAAGACCGUGCCCGCCACGAGGCAAAGCAUAAUCCUGGUAUCGCAUGCGAGUGGGACGGAUGUGGGCGGGUGUUUAGUCGGGUCGACAACAUGAAGGAUCAUGUGCGACGGAUACACCGCCGAGGUGGCAGUCGCUGA